UGCUCAGAGCCCUGUCACUUUAGAGCAGUCUGGACACCAGUAUUGCAACAGGAGGAGGAAAGCUGAGUGGGAGGCAAUGAUUUAGCAAGCUGAUGGCUUGCACACAGUCAGCCUGAUACAGGGGAAUGCAUUUAAAUAAUGAAAUAACAAGGAAUAUCAAACUUCAGAAGAAGAUACUAUCUGCAGAGCUUCAACUACAAAUACAUUUGAAUGUUUCUUGUUCUUAGCAGGUUUCAAAAUCCGAAGGACAGCCUGAGCUAUAAUUAUUGUGAAAAGGACUUUUUCUCAUCAGAACUUUCUGCACCCAAGAAUGGUUUCUCUGUUUUUGUAGACUAAGGAUUAAAAAACAAAGGUACUCAUUUAAAGGUAGUAAACAAAAUCAGGAGGAGCAUGGUCUAAAAGCUUUUCAGACAAAUGUUGCAUUUUGAAUCGGAAAAAAGUGGGGAAAUGUACUUUUCAUUUCACUGUGAUUUCAUGCAAAGAAAACUUGGUGGCAUUCCCAGAAAUUUGUAACGGACUCAGAUUCUGCAUGUAAUAUUUAAAUACAGGAAGAAUCAACACAGUCUCAGCCUUCUCUUUUUCACAUCGAGUAAUUCAUUAGCAGCGGAAAGGUAGCCACUGUACGAAGCUUUUAAACCAGAAUUUCAGAACCCAGAUGUCUGACCCGAUAGUAUCCACAGCUGACACAAUGGAGACAACUCCGACAGCAGCAGCAUCAGGACCAGACAUGGAAAAAUGCCAUGAGAUUGUCCAAGAAGGCCGGUUUACUCAAGAUGAUCUGCACAGCAGUGGACGGUUGUCAGAUGGUGAAAGGUCACUGGCUGGGGAAGAAUAUGUCACCAGUGAAAAUGCUUCCCUCAUCUCUAGUAAAGAUACAGAGACUACCCAGACUGGAAUAGAUUCCCCACUGAUGCAGCCUUUGGCUAAACCAGUCAGCAGUACUCUCCCAAAGAGUAAUACAAGGCCUGUUCCCUACAGCAAUGGUGUGCCACUUUUAACAGGGAAUGUGAGUGGUACCACCAGCAGUGAGGGGCCUAUUUGUUCACCUCCUAUGAGUCGAACUGUGAUUCCUAUGAAUGGAAGAAUAAUCCAGGAGAAGAAGAAGAGAUUAGACUCCUCCUCCUCUUCAGUCUGUACCAAAAGCAGCAAGAAAAGCCACAGCAGCUGCAAGUCAACAGCAUCUCAGAUCCAGGAAGCUGCAGGAGAUGAUUGCUGUGUGCACUGUAUCUUGGCCUGCCUUUUCUGUGAGUUCCUCACCCUUUGCACCCUUGUAACAGACUGCUUGGCCUGCAGAGGCUGUGUGGAUGCCUGCUCAUGCUGCUGCUGUGGAUCAGAGGACUGUAAUAGUGAGGAGAGGUGUCCCUGCAGCCUAGACUGUGGAAUGUUGGAAGACUGCUGUGGAUCUUCAGAUUGCCUAGAGAUCUGUCUAGAGUGCUGUUCAAUCUGCUUUCCAGCAUGAGAGGCUUGCAAACUGCUAAAACCUGAUGUUUCUGUUAACUGGAAUCAAAAGAAAGAAUAUGGAGAAAAUUAGGCAAAGGAAAGACAUUCCAUCAGCUGGGAUGACCUGAUGCAAAAGAGGAGAUGGAUUAACAACAGGUUCUGCAUUCCCGCUUCUAUCCCAUCAUGGGUGAGGACUGCACCUAGUGUUUGCAACAGUUAAAGUAGAAAUUGUCUUUUUACAAUUUAAUUUAAAAUGGAGCCAAAAACAUGAACUGAUGGAUAACAAAGGGAUACUGCAAGCCAGUCCUCUGUUUUUCCCAUCUGACAGAAGAACACUUGAUCCUGCUGUACCUGGGUGACUAAUGCCCACAAGAAAAGAAUUGAGACAUUUGCUGGCAGAUGCUUUCUUUGUUUAGGGUACAGGAGGGUUUAUCAAUUAAAACUUUAAAGAGUCUCAUGCCUCUCUCCUCAGCCUGCAGUUUGCUGCCCCUUUCAGCUGCUGACCCUACAUCUAGGAUUUUUGGAAUGGACAGCUAUGGAGAGAGGGAGGAUGGACUAUGACCUGGUCAUGGACUAAAGCAUGAAACUUUCCAGUAAUGUCAGUGCUGACUUCAUGAAAUUACUCUGAUACAGAGAAUUAUAAUGUGCUGCUUCUUAAGUCAGGAUUGGGGUAUUCUGUACAUUCAAGCUUGGUGAAUAAACGGAGUGCCUCAGAGGUUAGUCUGUGGAACUGUGACCCUGCAGGUUUGGCACUUAGUAUGUCUCUACCUUCUUUUGAGAGAGGAUGUGUAUAUAACAGUGGUUGGGAUACAAAACUAGGAGAAUAAAUAUUGGCAUUUCAGCUUCAGUCUCCUCUCAGUGUAUACAAAUAGUGCCAAAGAUGAGAGCAGGCACACUGGAAACCUAGGAUAAUAUCUAAAAGAUGUCUUUCUAUGUAAUAGUAGAUGAAAUCUUAUGAUCUAUAUAUUUAUGUCUCAAUUUGUUUGUAUCAGCUCUAUCCCUUGCUGGUAAUUUCUUAUUGAACGUCAAGCUUUCACUCAUCUGCCAGUCCCUAAGUACCAUUUGACAUUUACUUUUCUGGGGAUUUCCCACCUUUUUCAGAGAUCACCGAUGGGAUGACAUUGUUUCCACUAUAUUUAUAUCUGUUUAUACCCAAUAAGGGGAAUAAAGGUGUGUGUUACUAAAGGUAUACUGCCUAAUUAGGAUAUCUGAUACCUUCCUCAAAAACAUUGACACCUGUGCGUCCUGUGUUUGCCUCUGGGGAAUUCAGUAGCAGUCACAAUUUCCUGAUUUCUCCAAUCAGGAAAGAACAGUAGGCUAUUCCCUGCUUGAUUCUUCCAUAAAAUAGCCAGCUCCUGGGACCAAAGAAACUGUACAAGCUCUGGUCACUGGCACUGCAAAAUGCAACUUUUCUUCUUCUCCAUUGGGUUAACUUUGAUGAGAUAGUGUUACGUUCCAUUAUCUAGCUGGCUUUUUAAGAUAGCAGUGUAUCCAUACUGCUCAACCUCUUGGUUCAAGAAUUCUGGAGAAAGCCAAAAAUAAUAGGAAGAUAAAGGCCCAAAAUCAAGCACAAAUUUUAAAAAUUGGUCUUACAAAUUUGGAAAGCUGCUAAAAAUAAGAGGUUUUGCUUUAGCAUGCAUUUUUGAAGGGUAUGAAAUUGAAAUGUCUAUCAUUGUUUAGUGACUUUAUCCCAGAGUGAUAUGCCAGAAAAACGCAAAUUCUAUUGAGGAACAUACCAGACAUAUGAGGCAAAAUCUGGGCAUUUUAUGAAAUUCUGGACAGUUGAGAGGUAUGAGUGUAAUGCAGAUAACGAUGUGUCUAGAUUCAUACUGCUACAUACUACCUACUGUGAUACGUUACACGAUAACAGAGUUGCAAAACUCAAAUAUAGAUCUGAACAUGCCCUGCCACACAAUAUGGUUUUAUUGUAAUUGCUAUUUGGGCUUCUGUUCUGAUGUCCUCAUUUCUUCAACUAUCCCACAUUGUGCAUCCUACUGCUCUCAUCAAAGGUACUUCAUCUCCAUCAUCUCUAGCUUCCACAAAUGCUCUGCCUUCCCUGCCCAGGUUUCUGUACCAUACAGUACUACUUGUUGCAUCACUGUUUUGUACGCUUUGUUUUUCAGUUUCUGUGGCAUCCUUCUGUUGCACACUACCCCCUGAUACUUUGUGUCAGUUAGCUGCAUACCCUUCAGUUAUAGCUCUGUCCUCUUCAUUUAGAGAUGACUUUGCCUCAAUCACCCCUCUUCAGAUAUCUGAAGCUGUUAACCUGUUCUACUAUUUUGCUUUUUGUCUCAGUUUUCAGCUUCCAUUAUUUAUUGACUUCAGCCCUCAAUAACAUUUGGCCUUUCCUGCUAAGGCCAUUAAUAUUAUGACUGAUUCACCCCCCCCCCCAAAAAAAAAAGCUGGCAAAGCCCCAUUGCUAGUUGGAGUGAGAGUCAGGCUGAGGCAAGCCAUCAUUUAUGAACAUUUUAGAUUUCUUUCUUAAUGACCUGUUCUCUGUCCCUCUCACAGUGCGCAAAGGCAUCAGUGGAAAAUUGGGCAGAUGAUCUACUUAUUUAUUCCUCUCUGUUUUAUGGCAUGGCUAAAACCCCCACUCUCCAAUGUUCCCAGCCAGAAUGCCUCUUUUCUCGAUCCAUUUAGGAUGGAACAAAAAUAUUGCUCAUUCCGACCCACCCAUCCCUCUGCUGGUUCUUCAAGGACUGGGACUGCUAAUUGAACCAGAGACUCCUGUACAUUUAGGGCUUUAUCAUGCUACACCAUGGAAUCAGACCCAUUUUCUCAUUUAUUGGCAGACAGUAUUGAUUGCAUGGAACUGCGGACCUUGAUAACCAAGUCUGAAACUUAUCAUUAAUGGGAGCUUCCUACUAGGUAUUAAAAUGUCAAACCUAAUUACUCUAGAGAUUAAUCUAGCAGUAAAUGGAGUGAUUGUAUUUCAGGAUUAUGGAUUUGAAAAUCUGUUUCAAUUAUGUAAAAUGGAUCAGUUCCUUAACUGCAUACCUUUAUAAGUUUGGACUGUAGUGAACAAACAGGCUUUUUUUGUCUUAAAGAGACUCAUCUUGCAUUGUAUGUAAGCCUGAGAAUGUUUUUUUUUUAAUCCCCCUCCAUUGUAAUGUCUCUUAGUUUAAUUUACUUUGAAAAUAUGCCAUAGAACAAAAGUUCUAUGGCAGGUCAGUGUGACUUGAAAGAGGGUAGCAGAAUAAUUUCUGAACUCCAUUCCCUCUUCAGCACAGAAGUAACUAGGUAGUGAUAAGCCUGAAUCAGCAUGCUGAUGAAGAUGUUUAAAUGGUGUGCUGUAAAAGGUACCGUUUCCUUCAUGUGCAGAUUAACUAGUGCUUCAGUCCGCUAGCGUCUCCUGUUAGUCUUUUGGAACCUGACAACUUGAACAAUGCCGAAAAUAAACAAAAGCAGAAAAUAAUACGGAAGGCUUUAGAACAACUGUAGGCCAAUUAAGGGACCAAAGGUAGACACAAGCUGGUACCUGUGAUGAAAAAGAGCAAAUCAAAUAAUAACAAAAACAAAUAAAUUCUUAAGUCAGGUCAUUGUGUUAUAUUACUUCAUGGUAUAGCUCAUUUUCAUUUUCACUGUAUGGCUAGGGAAAGCAAAGACUUAUUGCUACAGCAUCUGGUGAAGUGCAAAAGCGCUCGCAUGUGCGUGUACUGCAUUCUUUUAACAUGGUCACAACUCUCUGAAGGUGAGGUACUUUAAAACAAAGAUGGAUGCCAUACCAAACAGUAAGAGCAAAGUAGUGGGAAGGGUCUGGAGUUCAGAGUUCUAGUAGUUCUGCACGCUGACCAAGGGGCCACAAUAUGCAAUCUCUUUUUACACUUAGUGUUAUGCCUGCAAUGUCCUGUUAGUAAUACAAGUGAAUAUUAUGACUUAAUUCCUUGAAGGAAAGUGUACUACCAGUUUAAAAUGAUGUACUGUACAUAUGGAAUGUCUUGCUCAACCUUAAACCUGCAGACUGAUCAUGGGGGCCUAGUCCAAUCACAAGCUUUUGAAAUGACUACUGUAACGUAUAUAAAAAAAACAUUUUUGACAUUCUACAGUUGUAGAAAUCAAGUAAAUCAUUAACCUGAUAGUCUUAUUUUGAAUGGAAAAUACUUUUAUCAUACCUGCAACCUUAUGAUACUAAGUUUGUAUAUUAAUUUGAUGAGGAUAUAAUUUCAUCUCUUUUAAGAUGUAAUAUCAGUCUCUGUUGGCCGUACAGAUAUUUUCUGCUGGUAAUAUUCUUUAAUAUUCAGUUUUUGUUAACAGUAAAGCACCUUAGAGGGGAACUAACCAAUUGAGAUGAUUUUAAUAAAAAAUUAUGUUUUCAUGUA